CUAACACAAAGAAGAUACAUUUCACUCAACGAUUGCCUUUGGGUUCCGAACUCCAUAUGGGGAAGGAGCGUUGUUGUUUGCAAGGUCUCGAUCAUUUACAUGGACCCACUUCUCAUUCCAUUUGUGGGAAUUUGAUGAUCUAUAAACCGUCCCUAACGAACGAUCGGUUCAUGUUUGAGCUGAUGAAUCACUUCAUGCCGACCUCUUGCUAAUAAACUUUCCGGCCUCAUAUAAGAAUGGAAAACUUGAGCAUUUUCUGCAUUGGUGGAUGAAGAAUCGCAAACAUAAUAAUUUUUGGUUAACCAUGUUCCCAGAAAAAAGAUACUUUCGAGAAAGGACGAGCACGGCUGAAGUGGCUAUACAUACAAAUCUAUUUAUGGAUCUAUAUGCUUCGAUUGGAACAGGAGGUUGGUAUACCACCAUAAUGAAACUGCCUUUUAUUUUUUUUUAUUCGGAUAGGAUUUAUGUUGGCUUCGUUGGGAGGCUUGCCUAGUUUGUCACGUCAGCUCCAAAAGGAUAAGUUGCGUUGGAAUCGAGAAAGUUCCAUGGAGUUCAUAAUUGCAUAAAAGGAGUCAAAGUAGUGGCUGCGGCGCGUCAAGGCACUUCUUCGGCGGUCUCCGUCUCGCCCGCCUGCCAUCAGUAAUAGGAAAGCUUUCAAUCAAUAGAAAUCGUAUUCGUGAAUAAAUCCCCUUUGUUUGAAUCCAAUAUUAUGCACUUUUUUCGGUAGCAGGACUCUCUUAUGUCCGUUUGAACUCUUGAGCUGGAGCAGGAGAACGGAUUAGGCAUCCAUUAGCGGAGGAACCCCUUCGCACGACAUCUAUGAAAGCAGCAAUGGGCGAACCGGCGGUGAACAGGAAGAGGGAGGACCGCCCGAUCGCUUGGAAGAAGCAAGCCUAUUCCCCGCACGGAUUUCAUUGCUCACUAGCUCCUUUCGUCCCUUCCAACGCACCAUCAACAAAAAGAAAGAAGAAUUCUAAAUAAAAUGGACUACUAGAGCGGCGGGAGCGAGCCAUAAACGAGCCUUGUCGUAGUAUUAGGAGCGAUGGAGCUUUCCCAGUAAAAGAAAUACGUAGCGAAUAAGGGGAAGAAUAGAAAAGCACUCUUCGGGGCUCACUAUUGCCUCUAUUACAUAACCUUUCUCGAGGAACUCCUGGUCACUUAACCUAUUACCCUGGCUUAGGUCGAAAGGGCUUCCCUUUUUCCUGCUUGACCUUCAUAGCGCAUCAAAGAGACUUCACUAAAUCACUUUUUUCUUUCCAAGUAGUCAAUUACACUAGAGCCAACUAUUUGAUUCUGCUACACUUCUUGACUUCAUGAAUUUACAGAUUGAAAAUGAAAAAAGGCAAUCAUUUAGAGGGGGAUUUGCAGGUCUUAUUCACCACUUUCAACUGACUCCUUAUCCAAUCAACAGAAAGGUACUACAGAAGUCUCAGCUUACUAUCUUAACCAGCAAGAAAAGACACACAUUCCCAGCAGACUAUCUAGCUUCUUUGAACAAUCUUCUUGUUGUCUCUGAACCUUCUUCUCAGAAAAAGGAUGAGACCAAAGAGCCCAUCCUUAAUUGUUUUGUUUUCUAAGUUUCGUUUCCUUUUAUUAGUCUGAGUUCAUCUUUUCCGCUUGAAAGCGUGUACACACACUAAAAAGGGAGAAUAAUAUACCUUUCAUUAAAUAGGUAGCUCACUGGAGCAAGCAACGAAGUGCCAUAGGGUUCAGGAUAAACUUAUACUGAAGUAGGUACAAUCUCUUUGUGGAUCAAUCUAUAGAGUUCAUAGAGAAGUAAAAACCUGAGAUUAGAGUUGGAGAAAACCGCAUAGAAUACGAAAAGCAAAGGAGAAGGUAACUUUACAUCUCAGUCGAAAGCGGUGAAUCCGGAUCCAUUUCGUAAGUGGACUGGGGAAUCUCAAUCUCAAAGGUCUUCGCUCGGUUCCAUAGUUCAAUCUAAAACCUAUGAGGCUGGAAACUUCUACAAAAAUAUUACAUAUUCCCAUCACCAGUAAACGAUACAAUAAACCUUUAAAUAGGUUCACUCUCGUCCAUGCUCAAGGGGUUCCUCCAGCCGUCCUUCUGAAAGGUCCUCUUCUACGGCUCAAGGUUCAAGCUAAAUAAAUAAAGUUCCUUUUCUCACUUAAGCGGAUACUCCAAGUCAAAUUAAUGCUUUAAGGAAAGACUUCCCAGCGCAGUCAAGCAAGAUAGGAUUCUCAACAGGAUAAGUUCCAUGGACAAGGCAAGCUAGCAGCGGUGCUUUCCUUCCGUGCCGUAGGUCAAUGAAAUGAUCUUUUUCAGCACGAGAAGUCUCAUUAACUAGUUGAUGAGGAGAAGUCUCAAAUGCGCUCAUUUGAGGAGAAGGAGAGAGUUACAGGAUCCGAAGGAGAUGGAAGAACCUGGCCAAAGUAAGUGUUGUGUUCAACCGUUAGUAAGUAAUAUGGGUUGGCUGGUUGGAAGGACAGCUUCAGUAUCUUACGGCCUGACAUUACAUAUGCUGUGAAUCGUUUAAGUCAAUUUGUUGCUGCUCCUCGAGUUCCACAUAUGCAGGCUGCCACUCUAAUUCUCCAUUACCUCAAGAAUUCUCCUGGACAAGGUCUGAUGUAUUAUGCAGAUUCAGAGAUUCAACUUAAAAGCUUUGCAGACUCUGAUUGGUUUGGAUACCCUGAUACCCAGACGAUCGAUUACUGGUUUUGCUGUGUUCUUGGGUCAAAAUCUGAUCUCCUGGAAGUAAAAAAGUAGUAUGUAUGAGUUGAAGUGAAGGGCGAGGUUCAAACGAGGAAAGGCUUACGGUGGAUCCCAAGGCACCCAGAGACGAGGAAGAGCGUAGUAAGCGACGAAAAUGCUUCGGGGAGUUGAAAAUAAGCGUAGAUCCGGAGAUUCCAGAAUAGGUUAACCUUUUGAACUGCUGCUGAAUCCAUGGGUAGGCAAGAGAGAACCUGGUGAUCUGAAACAUCUUACUAGCCAGAGGAAAAGAAAGGAAAGGUUGAAUCUAGUUCUCGGAGUUGCGUCUGCUCUAUCAUAUCUGCAUUCAGAAUGUGAGAGAGAAAGAAUUCAUAGGGACGUUAGUUAAGACUUGAAAUAUAAUGCUUGAUGCAUAAUUCAAUGCCAAGCUAGAAGAUUUAGGCAGAAGUCUAUGAACAUAGUUCUAUAACCAGGGAAGCUACAAUACCAGCUGGGAAAAUGGGAGAUCUUGCUCCUUAAUAUGUUUAUUAUGGUGUUCCAUCACAGAAAUGUUUACAGCUUCGGUCUAGUGGUGCUAGAGGUAGCUACAGGGAAAAGGCCUGUCGGAUGAUGCUGGUAUGGUGCUUGUUGAUUGGUAUGGAGCUACUGGGAGAAAAGGAAACUGAUUGAGGCAGUUGAUCCAAAGUUGAAAGGGACGUUUAGUUUCAUUUAAUGCAGUGGAGAUGCAGAGAAUGCUUAUGGUGGGACUUUACUGUGUUCACACAAAUCAUAUAAUGAGAAGAGGCGUUC